AUGUCUCGUAAUGUCAUGAGAGCAACACAUAGAGUUUUUCCAACAACUGCAACUGCAACUGGAACUGCAACUGCUCUGGGGUCUGACAUUGUUUCUGGUAUCAGCAAUGUUCUUGGAACUGAGAUUGUUCCUAAAACAGGAGCUGUUCUAGGAACCGAGAUUGUUUCUGGAACUGAAAGUGUUGUUGGAACCAGAACUGGGAUAUUACCAGCAGCGUUCGCGUCAAGUUAA